AUGUCUGCUCUCCUCUCGCUGGGCUCUAAUUACCAAUUGUUACGCAAUACCGUGCUCAGUGCAUUCAAUGCAUAUCUGUAUAACUGCGCAGAGGCCAUCAAUGCUGUGGCGCCUCUUUAUCGCUACGAUUCGAAAGCAGAUAAAAAUAAUGCAGAAUAUGAGCCUGUCAGCGUCUUAUCCAUGUCCCUCUCCCUCCUUGGCUUCUUGAGAGCCUCGGCUGGCUUUACUUCAUUUUGGACCGCCAGUGAGAAGCUGCAAAUAGUUGACCACGUGCGGUCAAUGCUCUCCGAGGAGUUUUUGGUAGCUGUCGAGACUGCCUCUUCUACCGUGCGGAAUUCAAGCGCGUCAAGGGCCAUGCUGCUACAGGAAGGAUAUAUGCACUUUAUAAAAUCUUGCGCUAUCUCUCUGGUCGGGGCACCAGGCUCGUCAGAUGAAGACCUUUUGCAUGAUUAUUUGAGUGGUGCGUGUAUUGCUAGAAGCUCCAGCGGCUCAGAAAUUGCUCUUGUCGAUCGGAUGGCAGCAAUCAUCGCCGAAGAUCUUCAGCUCUUGGAAGAUGGUUCCGAUUAUUUACAGCUCGGUUCCCCUCGGCAGCAGCAACUUGCGUUCUCUAUGAAAGCUUUAGCCUUGAUUGGUUAUCUGAAUUGUGUCAUUCUGAGCGAGGAAACAAACAAGGAAGAUUUUCUUUCGUGGCUGGAGGACACACUUAUGGAUACGAAUCAAAUGGCCUGUGCUGCCUUAGCGGCAGCGACACUGAAAAGUAUGGCGAUCGUUUCACGAAUGUCUGCCAGCAGUGCAUCUUCUGGAAGCCGGUCCCUCUUGAGGUUUAUCACUGAAGGCGGUGUGCCUGCUGGAUGUACUGGCUUCAUUGCCGCAAGGUGUCUUGCCCAAGUACUUAGUAUUCUAUCCCAGGAUGCUAUUAUUACCACCCUAUAUUCAUUAGGAAAUGUUCUGAGCUCCGGCUCAGGCACGGACAAGUCCUAUCAAGGUCAGUUGAUGGGGGAAACUACAGUACAUGGAGGCCUCCCAUUUUCUACAACGAGAAAUGGUAGUGUUGCUUCCUUUCCAUUGGACGGCGAGGCAAACAAUCUAUGCUACAGAAAUGUUGUCCAGGCCAUUGUAACAAUCGCAACUAGUUGCAACGAUGAGAAAAUAAGCGCGUUGGCACAGUCCAUGUUGCUGCAGAAAAUAGGGAAAGUGAAUUCUGCUGUUGAUGCAUUUAUCAUCAUAGAGACAGCCACACUAUCGUUGAGCACUGGACAAGCCGAGUUUCAACUUUUACUCAAGUUCUACGAUCGUGCAUAUCGGGAUGGUGUAGCAAGAGGCUAUAGCAGCAUCACCGAUGCAGUCAAAUGCGCGUUGGUAUAUCUCGCUGUUACACUGAAAAGGAGCUCGCCGCUAUACAAGAUAUACCUGGUCCAUUUGCUGGAAAGUGUCGUGAACAGAGGCGAUGCUACUGAACUUGAAACCGAGCGUCAGAAGGAGUUUUCUCUCACGCCUAAUGAUAUCAGCCCUCUUUUAAAACCCCUAGCGUUACUUGUCUCUUCUGAGAAAAGCCGCGCAGGAAUUUUAGAGCCGGCUGCAUAUUAUGACCAGGAUGUAUCUAUCCUGUUCCGCGAUGCGUGGUUCAACAUUGCAGUGCAUGGGAUAUCAAUCAAUUCACCUGUUGGCCAAAGCCAUUUCGAAGAGCUGCGCUUGCUCGCACAGAAUUCACCUCCUCUCAUCUCCGAAGAUCGUAUGGAGGCAAUUGAGAGCGAUGUCGAGUUGAAUACAAUUCUUAGGCGUGGAAUGGGCUCACAGAAUUUUACGGAGCAAAAACGGACACUGAUUGCUGAACUUCCUAGCCAUGAAGCUGACAUAAAGCGCUUGAGUUAUCCACGGGUAGUCUUCCUCAAUGCUACGCUUGUGGUUGAGAGUCUUCGAGCCUUAUCGGGGGAUUGCACCAGAUUCCUUGAUUACUUUCGCGACCCUGUCCUAGCUACCCCCGAAAUGACUAACUGCAUGACUGCUGUUGCAGAAAAGGUCGUGACUUGUUAUCUUUCACACACGCUCUCUGGAAAACAUGAAGCCUUUGCGGUCCCAUUUUUGUCAAAGGAACUGGCGGGUUUCUUUGUAGCUUGCAGCCAUCGCGUAGAAAGGGUACAAAAUGUGGCAGUACUAUGUGCUGACAAGAUUAUAAGGGAAUGUCCAUCGGCCCUGUGUGAGAAGAAAUCGCUUUUUGCCUUGCUGGAACUCUUGACGGUCAUGUGGCGUUCAUGUCUAGAAGGCGAACUGGAUGAAUUCGAAUGGAAUCCCUCAUUUACUUCACCUACAGGAAUUGUCAAGGCCGAUCUACCCGACAAUUAUAACUUCAGAAAGAAAACGCUGGACGUUUUCCUUGAACGAUCCAGGGCAUGGGUGACAGCAGCUAUGGAUAUUGCCCCCCUAGAUAUAAAGGGCUUACUUCAGACCUAUCUGUCUCUUUCGGACGACCUGGAUGGGUACGGCAACAUUCUGAUGGGGCGCUCAUUUGCGCUCGAAAUGGGAUCACUUAUUCCCAGCAGUGAUCAGCGGCUUGGGUCUAUCGAAAGUCACGGCUUUAGCAAGAUAAAUGUGGCCUCGGACUUUAUCUCUCAAUACUCCACACGUCAGAAUUACCGGAUAUUGUCAAUUCAAGGAAUCACUGAGUCCAGUGAUUGCGAAGGCUCUACUCCUUCCAGGUCGCUUCUCGCUGCAAGCCAAUCUGUGGAGAAUAAUUUGUGUCGUCUUUACUCACAGAUGAAGUUAGGUGAAUACGUCUCUGGAGCCGAGGCUCGGGAUAUUCUACGGCAAGCUGCUAGCCUUCUGUGCAGCGAUAAAAGUCCUUCUGCUUCCCUUGUUCAAUAUCUAGUCCGGGUGCCCUUCCAGAUGUUUUCCAAGGAGUUUAUGGAUAUUGGCAUAUCUCUUUGGCUUGGUGUGAUGCAUGAAAACCCAAAGGUGAAGUCCAAAAUUCUGGUUGAAGUCAUUGGAUCUUGGGAAAAGUCGAUUCAGCACGAGAAGGGAUUGUUUGAUCCGUCUUGCAACUCCGUGGACCCCCUGUUUACGAAGAUCGAGCUCCUACCGACUGAUAAAUCCUUGAUGGCUAGAAAUCAGAAGAAGGCCCAGAGUAUCCUAACACCCCACUUCCAAAUUCUUCAAUUCUUUGAAAGUCACUUUGCUGCUGUUCGAUUGGGAAACACACAAGUGCAGUCACUGUUCUAUCGUCUCAUUGAUAAAACGACCGUGGCACUUUUGCAAGCCAGUGGCCAUCCACUUGCCAGAGAGUUACAUUUUCGCAUCAUUCUGUUUAGUCUGAAAGUAUUGAAAUACUCGCCAUCUUCAGAUCAGAACCUCAUAUGGAAACUCAAGGACCAGAUUUUGUCGGCCGCUUUGACUUGGUUUAAACACCCGCCCAGGUGGUCAUAUGGAGGCAAUCGGUUACAAAUCAAAGCUGAAGACAGGAUCCUUAGUGAUAUUGCCUCUACUCUGGCAGGUGUCACUAGUAUUGCCUGUCAUGCCCGUAGCUCCUUCAGGUCGUUGCAGGCGAAACAAGAUCUCCUUCAAAUUCUUCUCGAGAAUGAAAGAUCACGUCUCCGGGUCUGGCUUUACCCGUUGGAUCAAGAUCGGAAACACGUAUCACAAUUGGCUGGUGCUAAAAGUCCUACCGAGGAUGUGACGGCUCUUUUACGUCUCGCAUGGGCUGAAGCCCCAGGAUUGGCUAUAUACCUUUCCAACCGCUUCCCAUCUCCGAAACUGAGGAACGACAUUAGAUGGUUGCUACUCAACUUUCCGGAAAAAGCCAUUGACGAAUCUAGUGCCCUUGAAAUUCUGCUUGGGUCAGCUCUCCCGGUUGAUGUCCAUUAUCAAUUAAAGUAUCUUCUAUAUUGGAGCCCAGUCAGCCCCACGGAAGCCUUAACAUAUUUCCUUCCUGCCUAUGGUAACCAUCCUUUCAUAAUGCAAUAUGCUAUGAAAGCCCUGGAAAGCCAUUCUGUCGAUGUUCGCUUCUAUUUCGUUCCACAGUUGGUGCAGGCUUUACGAUACGAUGCCCUGGGCUAUGUAGAACGCUAUAUCUUGGAGACGGCCAAAUUAUCUCAAUUAUUUGCGCAUCAGGUUAUAUGGAACAUGAAGGCUAAUUCAUACAAGGAUGAGGAUUCUCAGAUUCCGGAUAACCUCAAACCAACACUGGACGGGUUCAUGGAUGUGUUGGUUUCAAGCUUCACCGAAGAGGAGCGUAUCUCCGGGAAGCUGCGACCCUACAUCAAAAGAAGUAAGCCGGAGAAGAAGGAAAAGAUCGAAGAAGAACUCCGCAAGGUCAAAGUUGAAGUUGGUGUAUACCUUCCAAGCAACCCAGAAGGUGUUGUUGUAGGGAUUGAUCGCAAGUCUGGCAAACCUCUUCAGAGCCAUGCAAAAGCACCAUAUAUGGCGACUUUCAGAAUACAGAAAACAAGAGUUCUCUCUGAUGAUAGCAAGCCCACCCAAGAUACCGGGCUACAUGCUUCAAAUCAGAAACAGCUAUCAAACCCAAGCGAUACAAUGUCAACAUUGAACCAAGAAACCUACGAAGUUUGGCAGUCGGCCAUUUUCAAAGUCGGUGAUGACUGUCGCCAAGAUAUGUUGGCCCUGCAGAUGAUAGCAGCUUUCCGGAGCAUAUUCACUAGUGUUGGGCUUGAUGUGUGGGUAUAUCCAUAUCGAGUAACUUCAACGGCUCCUGGUUGUGGUGUUAUUGACGUACUCCCAAAUUCGAUUUCGCGCGACAUGCUGGGCCGCGAAGCAGUGAAUGGUCUGUAUGACUACUUCAUCUCCAAGUACGGAGGGGAGGAGUCUAUACAAUUCCAGGAAGCACGUACGAAUUUUGUCAAGAGUAUGGCUGCUUAUUCUGUUAUCUCCUACCUCUUGCAGUUCAAAGAUCGACACAACGGAAACAUCAUGAUUGAUGAUGCCGGUCACAUCAUACACAUUGACUUUGGAUUCUGUUUUGAUAUUGCACCAGGGGGUGUACGGUUUGAGCGCGCACCUUUCAAAUUAACAUCUGAAAUGGUUGCUGUGAUGAGUGGCAGCCACCACACACACACUCAUACCGGUAGCAGCUCUGGAACUGGACUCGGUCUGGCAGGUGGUGGCUCUUACGGUCCUACCAGCACACAGCCUUAUAAAUGGUUUGAGUCACUGGUGGUGAAGGCCUUCCUUGCUUCACGGCCAUACAGCUCAAAGCUGUCUCAUAUUGUGUCAUUGAUGCUUGAUAGUGGCUUGCCUUGCUUCAAACCUGAUACGCUCAAAAACUUUCGCGAUCGGUUUGUACUUGAAAAGACUGAGAGAGAAGCGGCCGAGUAUAUGCGAGAGCUUGUCCGGAAGUCAUAUAUGAGUGUCUCAACCAAGGGAUAUGACCAGUUCCAGCUGCUGACCAACGGAAUCCCGUAUUGA